AUGGUCACUCUCGAGGUCCCCAACAGCUAUGCCCUGUCGCCCUCGCCGGGCACGCCGCAUUUGACCAUCAACCAUGAUGUCGCUCAGGACCUAGACUCCAGCAAUGCCUUUGAGGGCCCCGAGAAGCUCCUUGAGGUAUGGUUCGCGCCCAGCCCCUCGUCGCUGCCGCCUGGUGCCAAGCCGCAAGGCCUGAAGGCGGUGCCGUCGGCCAACUGGGUCGAAAUGCUUGACAUGGUCAACUGCAAGAUCCUGUCAGUCGUGCAGUCGGACGCCGUGGACGCCUACCUGCUCUCCGAGUCGAGUAUGUUUGUCUUCCCGCACAAGAUCAUCCUCAAGACGUGCGGCACCACCACCCUCCUGCUCGGCCUGUACCGCCUGCUGCGCAUUGCCGCCGUCGACGGCGGCUUCCCGGUCCACAAUGCCACCUCGCUCGAAGACGUCAAGGCUGCCGCCACCCCGUACCGCGUCUUCUACAGCCGCAAGAACUUCCUCUUCCCGGACCGCCAGCAGGGUCCCCAUCGCAGUUGGAAGCAGGAGGUCAAGUACCUCGACGACCUGUUUGAGGGCGGCAGCGCCUACAUGGUCGGGAAGAUGAAUGGGGACCACUGGUACCUGUACAUCACAUCGCCCAACACGGCCGCCCUGACGCCGCCGCGGACGCCCCCUGAGAGCCCUCUCGAGAAUGCAGACGGGGCUGCUGCCGACGCUAGCGCCAGACGCGGCGGCGCCAAGAUUCGCAUCCCCACUAGCCUCAUCAACGCGGCCCCCGGCGUCGAGGAGGAUGACGAGACGCUCGAGAUUCUCAUGACGGACCUGGACCCUGAGCACGCCAAGCAGUUUUACCUCUCCCACGCGAGUGCGGUCGCGUGUGAGCAGGUGCCCCUGCGUGCUCAGGAGGCGCGCCAGAGCGCCCAUGACAGCCUGGGCGAGCUUUCUGGCGAGCCCAUGUUCGAAUUUGAGGACGUGGGUGGCGCCGGAGCUGCGACCUCGGCGCCUCCGACCGCGGACAAGGCGCCGACUGACGACGAGGCCAUGAUCGCCGAGGCGCUGACCACCGAGGGACACGCGCUCGGCACGGUCGUGUCGGACGCCUGCGGGCUGUCGGACGUGUACCCCAAGUCCAAGUAUCCCGACGCGCGCAUCGACGCCUACAUGUUUGCGCCCUGCGGCUUCUCGGCCAACGGCGUCAUCCCGUCGCCCCAGGCGGCCGGCGCCGAGGGCGGCGGCGCGGGCCACUACUUCACAGUGCACGUCACGCCCGAGCCCAACUGCUCGUACGCCUCGUUCGAGACCAACGUGCCGCACGGCCAGAAUGGGCGUGAUGUGGCCGAGAUCAUAGACCACGUGGUGCGCAUCUUCCGCCCCGGCCGCUUCAGCGUCACGCUGUUCGAGGGCAAGGGCCGCCGCGCCGCCCGCUCGGCUUCGGGCAGCUCAUCGCCCUCGGCCGGUUCUAUCGACUCGCACGGGCUCCCUCAGCUCAAGCGCCGUGUCGACUGCAUCCCUGGCUACCGCCGCAUCGACCGCAUCGUGCACGACUUUGACGACUACGACCUCAUCUUCCGCUACUACGAGCGUGACGGCUGGGUUGGCGACGGCGUUGCCCGUGUUGGUGAGGAGGAUUGA